GUCCAGGUUGUUGGCGGGCUCGUGGAGGCCGUGGGAGUGUCUUCCCGCGGGGUCUAGGUCGUGGCCUCGGCGCCACCGCAGGUACUCAGGAGCGCGCUGCUCCCCGCUGCCUGGCGGAGCUUUCAUUUCCCCCCGCAGCAGCAGGAGAGUGCAGCGAUGGCGGCCCCUGCGCAGCCCAAGAAGAUCGUGGCGCCCACGGUGUCCCAGAUCAACGCGGAGUUCGUGACACAGUUGGCGUGCAAGUACUGGGCUCCUCACAUCAAGAAAAAGUCACCUUUUGAUAUAAAGGUGAUUGAAGAGAUAUAUGAGAAAGAAAUUGUCAAAUCAAGGUUUGCCAUCAGAAAGAUAAUGCUGCUGGAAUUUAGCCAGUAUCUUGAGAAUUAUCUCUGGAUGAAUUAUUCUCCAGAGAUGUCCAGCAAGGCUUAUUUAAUGUCCAUCUGCUGUAUGGUGAAUGAGAAGUUCAGAGAAAAUGUUCCUGCAUGGGAGACUUUUAAGAAGAAGCCAGACUACUUUCCAUUCUUUUUUAAGUGUAUCCUGACAGCAGCGCUGGCUGACACUGACGGUGAAUUUUCCCUCCAUGAACAGACAGUCCUGCUGCUUUUUCUUGAUCAUUGAUUCAACAGUUUGGAAGUAGACUUGAUACAAAGUCAAGUGCAGCAGCUUAUCUCCCUCCCCAUGUGGAUGGGCUUACAGGCUGCACGAUUGGAAUUAGAAUUAAAAAAGACACCCAAGCUAAGGAAAUUCUGGAACUUGAUUAAAAAGAACGAUGAAAAGAUGGACCCAGAAGCCAGAGAACAGGCCUAUCAAGAGAGAAGAUUUCUUUCACAACUCAUCCAGAAGUUUAUCUCUGUGCUGAAAUCUGUCCCACUUUCUGAACCUGUCACUAUGGACAAAGUUCAUUACUGUGAGAGAUUCAUUGAACUUAUGAUUGACCUAGAGGCCUUGCUCCCCACAAGAAGGUGGUUUAACACCAUCCUAGAUGACUCCCACCUUUUGGUUCACGUUUGUUACCUUUCCAACCUUUUUCAUAGGGAAGAAAAUGGCCAUCUUUUUCCCCAGCUUUUGGACAUGCUUAAGUUCUAUACUGGUUUUGAAAUUAAUGAUCAAACUGGGAAUGCCCUGACAGAGAACGAGAUGACCACAAUUCACUAUGACAGAAUUACUUCUUUACAGAGAGCUGCUUUUGCACAUUUCCCUGAACUCUAUGAAUUUGCCCUUUCAAAUGUUGCAGAGGUAGACACUCGAGAAUCGCUGGUCAAGAUUUUUGGACCUCUUAGUUCAAACACACUCCAUGAGGUGGCAUCAUACCUCUGCUUGUUGCCUACCCUUCCUAAAAAUGAAGACACAACUUUUGAUAAAGAAUUUCUUCUAGAAUUGCUGGUAUCUCAUCACUAACGUCGCAUUUCUCAGAUUCAGCAGUUGAAUCAGAUGCCUUUGUAUCCCACUGAGAAAAUUAUAUGGGAUGAAAAUAUUGUCCCAACUGAGUACUAUUCUGGAGAAGGUUGUCUUGCUCUUCCCAAGUUAAAUCUGCAGUUUCUAACUCUUCAUGACUACCUCCUAAGGAAUUUUAACCUCUUUCACCUAGAAUCAACUUAUGAGAUUAGGCAAGACAUCGAGGACAGCGUCAGCAGAAUGAAGCCAUGGCAGUCUGAGUAUGGCGGUGUCGUGUUUGGUGGCUGGGCACGGAUGGCCCAGCCCCUUGUUGCUUUCACUGUAGUGGAGGUUGCCAAACCCAACAUAGGUGAAAACUGGCCAACCCGAGUUCAUGCAGAUGUGACCAUCAAUCUGAAUGUCAGAGAUCACAUCAAAGAUGAAUGGGAAGGUCUUCGUAAACAUGAUGUAUGCUUUUUGAUUACUGUGCGUUCCACAAAACCAUAUGGUACUAAAUUUGACUGCAGGAGACCUUUUAUUGAGCAGGUCGGCUUGGUUUAUGUCAGAGGCUGUGAAAUCCAGGGCAUGCUGGAUGAUAAAGGGCGUGUCAUUGAGGAUGGACCUGAGCCCAGACCUAAUCUUCGAGGAGAAUCAAGGACAUUUCAAGUGUUUUUGGAUCCAAACCAGUAUCAGCAGGAUAUGACCAAUACUAUCCAAAGUGGAGCAGAAGAUGUGUAUGACACUUUCAAUAUAAUAAUGAGGAGAAAACCAAAAGAAAAUAACUUCGAGGCUGUGCUGGAGACUAUUCGGAACCUGAUGAAUACCGAUUGUGUGGUACCUGACUGGCUGCAUGAUAUCAUUUUAGGUUAUGAAGACCCAAGCAGUGCCCAUUAUUCAAAAAUGCCCAAUCAGAUUGCCACCCUUGAUUUCAAUGAUACAUUUCUCUCCAUUGAGCAUUUAAAGGCCAGCUUUCCUGGUCAUAAUGUUAAAGUAACUGUGGAUGACGCAGCUCUACAGAUACCCCCUUUCAGGAUUACCUUUCCAGUAAGAAGCGGAAAGGGAAUGAAAAGGAAAGAUGCAGAUAGUGCUGAUGAGGACCCUGAAGAGGUGAAGACUUUAAUUGUGGAACCUCAUGUUAUUCCUAACAGGGGUCCUUACCCUUAUAGCCAACCCAAACGUAAUACAAUUCAGUUCACUCAUACACAGAUAGAAGCCAUCCGUGCUGGGAUGCAGCCUGGGCUAACUAUGGUUGUGGGCCCACCUGGUACAGGAAAAACAGAUGUGGCAGUCCAAAUCAUAUCCAACAUCUACCACAAUUUCCCGGAACAGAGGACUCUUAUUGUUACUCAUUCCAAUCAGGCCCUGAACCAGUUGUUUGAAAAGAUCAUGGCUUUAGACAUUGACGAGCGUCACCUACUCCGUCUUGGUCAUGGAGAAGAAGAACUAGAGACUGAGAAAGAUUUCAGCAGAUAUGGAAGAGUUAAUUAUGUCCUGGCUCGAAGAAUAGAACUUUUAGAAGAAGUCAAACGAUUGCAAAAAAGCCUAGGUGUUCCAGGAGAUGCCUCAUACACCUGUGAAACUGCGGGCUAUUUCUUCUUAUAUCAGGUGAUGUCUCGUUGGGAAGAAUAUAUCAGCAAAGUGAAAAAUAAAGGUAGUGCACUGCCAGAUGUCACAGAAAUCUCUACCUUCUUCCCUUUCCAUGAAUAUUUUGCAAAUGCUCCUCAGCCCAUUUUUAAAGGCAGAUCUUAUGAUGAAGACAUGGAAAUUGCUGAAGGAUGUUUUAGGCAUAUUAAGAAAAUCUUCACUCAGCUUAAAUAUUCGAACAUGGAGCAGUCUCUCUUCACUCGCUUUGUCCGUGUUGGAGUUCCUACUGUGGGUCUUGAUGCUCAGGGUAGAGCCAGAGCAAGCUUGUGUAACCUCUACAACUGGCGGUACAAGAACCUUGGAAACUUACCCCAUCUGCAACUCUUGCCAGAGUUCAGCACGGCAAAUGCCGGCUUGCUGUAUGACUUCCAACUCAUCAAUGUGGAAGAUUUUCAGGGAGUGGGAGAAUCUGAACCUAAUCCUUACUUUUAUCAGAAUCCUGGAGAGGCAGAAUAUGUAGUAGCACUUUUUAUGUAUAUGUGCUUACUUGGUUACCCUGCGGACAAAAUUAGUAUUCUAACAACGUACAAUGGGCAAAAGCAUCUUAUUCAUGACAUCAUCAAUAGACGAUGUGGGAAUAAUCCAUUAAUUGGAAGGCCAAAUAAGGUGACAACUGUUGAUAGAUUUCAAGGUCAACAGAAUGACUAUAUUCUUCUUUCUCUAGUACGAACAAGAGCAGUGGGUCAUCUGAUGGAUGUUCGUCGCUUAGUGGUGGCCAUGUCUAGAGCUAGACUUGGACUCUAUAUCUUCGCUAGAGUGUCCCUCUUCCAAAACUGUUUUGAAUUGACUCCAGCUUUCAGCUAACUCACAGCUCGUCCACUUCAUUUGCAUAUAAUUCCAGCAGAACCUUUCCCAACCACUAGAAAGAAUGGUGAAAGACCAUCUCAAGAAGUACAGAUAGUGAAGAACAUGCCCCAGAUGGCGAACUAUGUGUAUAACAUGUACCUGCAUUUCAUACGGACCACACAUCACUAUCACCAGACUUUCUUACAACUACCACCUGCUAUGGUAGAAGAAGGGGAGGAAAUUCCAAGCCAAGAAACAGAACUAGAAACAGAAGAAGAUGCCAUGGCUGCUCAAGAUGACAUCAUACCCAGUCCAGCAGAUGCCAGCUGCAGUCAGGAGAUCCCAGCCUCUCAGCCUGACACCGCCUCUGGGCAGGCUAAGGCUGCCCUUGAUCAGGCUGAGAUGACCCCUAGCCCAUCAGAGGCCACCCCUACUGUGUAUGAGAUGACUGCAGCGUCAGCAGGUCCUGCUGCUGCACAGGCAGAGGCUGCCACCCCUCAAGAUACCACACCCACCCUAGAAGAGACAGAGUAGCCAAACUGCAGCCUUCCUGGGAGGCCAUUUCACUCAUACAGUUACUACUUUAUAGUUUACAUUUGCUCCUACUGUUUAAAAGGCACUAACUGAUGUUCAGUCCUUUUGUUAACUGGUUUUGUUAUGUAUAGUUCUUGUACAUAUCUUUAAAAAUUGUAUAUGGACAACUCUUUUUUUUUUCAUUUGUUAAGUCCGGCAAAUAACCAUUCCCCUGGUAUUUUGAUCACUGAAAAAUAUAUCUGUAAUCCUAUGCACAUUAAAAUAAUUUU